AUGCGGCGUUUCCCAGAGCCUAAGGACCCCGGAAGUGGUUGCACAUGUUGGAAGCAGGCUCUGAUGGAGGCUGUAUUGCGGGAGUACGGGUGUGAGCAGAGUUUGCUGACUCGUCCUGAUGGAUCCGCUACGUUUCUUCAGGGUGACACAUCUGUAUUGGCUGGAGUAUAUGGUCCUGCAGAAAUUAAGGUCAGCAGGGAAAUCCAUAAUAAGGCCACGUUAGAGGUGAUCCUUCGACCCAAGACCGGGUUACCUGCUAUUCAGGAGAAGAACCACGAGCAGCUUAUUCGUGAAACAUGUGAAUCUGUCAUCAUAGGAUCCUUGCAUCCUCGAACCUCUAUAACCAUUGUACUACAGAUAAUCAGUGAUGCUGGAUCUCUGCUCUCUUGCUGCCUAAAUGCAGCCUGCAUGGGUCUGAUGGAUGCGGGUCUCCCCAUGCGGUCGCUGUUUUGCGGGGUAACCUGCGCACUGGAUAAUGAUGGAAACAUAACCCUUGACCCUAAUGAUCGGCAACAGAAGGAGAGUCGAGCAGUGCUAACAUUUGCUAUUGAAAGCACAGAAAGGAAAGUGCUAAUGACCUCAAGUAGAGGAUUGUAUUCUGCCGCAGAGCUCCAGCAGUGCAUUGCAGCUGCACAACUUGCAUCUGAGAAGCUGUUCCAGUUCUACAGAGACUUCAUAAGAAGGAGAUAUUCUAAAUCCUGAGAGGAAAGCAGGUUCCUUUUCAACCUAAAGGCCAUGCUCAACAGAGACUUUGAACCCUGAAUUUCUACCCCAGUCUUCCCUUUCUUAUCUUAUAAUGUUUCUAUUCCAUGCAUUUCCUUUCUGCCCUUAUCUCUCCUUCCCCCUAUUCAUAAUAUAUCAAGCCUUUUUACCACUGUAAUUUAUCGGAGACAACCUACAGUACGUAAUGGUGAGAAGUUGUAAUUUUUUUAAUCCCCAGUUAUUAUGAACAGUAAUGCUUAGUGUUUGUUCUGCAGCCAUAUCUCCCAUUAUCCUGAUCCAACCAACAGCCAUCUCCAUCUACUCCCACAUCCUUUUCUUCUCUGAGUAAGCUUUCUGGCAACAAAUAAUUGUCUCUCUCCCUGUUGUGUAUUUAUAGCCAGUUUUAAGGCAGCAGAAUUGAUAUACAUGUUGACAUCCACAACUCUUUAGAGAAUUCUAAAGGAUUUCAUAAACUGGCUGUAGUAUAGUCAUGGUAUUUAUAGUGAUAGCUGGAUAAUAUUAUAAGCUUAGAACAGUGUGAAUCUCCUGGAUAUCUGCACAGCAACAAUGUAUUUAUGUGUGCUGCUGUUUUUUUUUUUUUUUUUUUCAUUUGAAAUAGUCUCACUAAUAAAAUGGUUGACUCCAGUGCAGUUUGUAUUUGUAGCUUCAAAUGCAGUUGAACAAUAGUGGGCACUACUGUAGAGAAAAGAGGGUAGAUUUAUGGGAUGGUUUACCAGCAAAUGUGUUGUAGGUAUGUACUAUGUUAAGGUAAAUUAAAACACAGGGAGAAUGAUUAUUCUCUUAUGUCAAGGUAAUUACACCACAGGGGGAGAAUGAUUAUUCUCUUUAAAACAUUUCCAUACAAAGAAUCUGAAGAUGCGUAUUUCAGAUGUAUAGAGAAGCAGCACAGACUUAAUUUGAUUGGAUUAUCUCUUGGAUUAAAUCAAGCCCUUCUUCUUUGUUAGGAGAGUGUCGUUUUAGCAUUGUGUGAUAUGCCUGCUGAUUUAGUGCGCACAAAGCGUAUCACCCCUGCUCUUUCAUCACAUCUGUAAAUUGCUAGACUCCAUCUGUUGAGCAGUAGAUGUUAUCAUAAUGCGCUAAAAAAGCAUUGUGUGUUACCAUGUUGUUAGGAUUUAUUUUUAAUAAAACUACUUAUACUUGUAA